CCAGGAAAGUUUAAACUGGCAGAGUUAACCCCCCCCGCGCCUGGCUGCCGACAACUCCCUGGACCUGCAAUCCAUGGCACCACCAGCAGCGCGCCCGACUCACUCGUCCCCAUCCCUGGGGACACGGCAGGGCUCCUGUCGUCACAGGUGGUCGAGCUUCCCGGCACCACUCCCCAACCAGCCUGGAAGCACCCUUUGCAGAGCGCACAGGGGCACCUGCCAGCAGCCAUCUGGGCACAGGUUGUGGCACAGUGGCCCCCACAGGGCCAGCAGGAAGUGGCUUGCUCUUGUGGGGCGGGAAAGGCAGUGCACAGGGGCUGCCACGGGGCAUUCCCUGCCCUGGAGCAGCACACCCGCGCAGCUCAAGGGCACAGGACCACCAAUCCAGCCAUUCUGCCCUGCACAGGCACUGGUGUCCACAUGGUACGGGACCUGGCUCUGGCUCCAGUAGCCCAUCAUAAGUGGCUGGGAGUGGAGCAUGGUGUGAGGGCCAUCCCCCAUGGGUCCAUGGCUCCUGGGGCACCCUGGCUGCCCGCAGCCCUGCUCUCUCUUUGCCCACAGGUGAUCCUGGCAGUGCUGGGGCUGGCAGCCAGCAAAUUACAGCCCCUGGGGUGGCAGAACCACACCAUGCUGCGAGGACAGCGGGUCCUGGUGCAGCCACUCACCCGCCUGCGGAGACAUGCCACCAGACACCCCUGCCCUGCUGGCAUGAACUGGAUCGAGCGUACUCACCAGUGCUGUCGCCAGUGUCCUGCAGGUGAGUGCUGCCUGGCCCGUGUGGCAUGGCAUGGCACACUGUGGAACAGAAGGUGUGUUACCCCGUGUGGCCCUGCUUCCUGUCACUUCGCUGUCCCUGCAGGGACAUACCUGCACCAGCCCUGCACAAACCACAACGACAGGGUCUGCAAUCCCUGUCCCAUCGGGACCUUCCGCUCCCAGCCCAACACCUUGACAGAGUGCCAGGCUUGCUACGAGUGUGACCGACAAGCUUUCCAGAGUGUUCUGAGCAACUGCUCGGCCACCAGCAACGUUGCCUGUGGCUGCGAGCCCGGAUACUUCCGUGUCUGCCUCGACAAGAGCUGCAGCGAGUUCUCAUGUCGGAAGUGCCAGCCCUGCACUGGGCGCCUCAUCCAGCAGCCCUGCUCAGAGACUCAGGACACACUCUGUGAGAGCAGCUGCAAGCCUGACUUCUACACCGAGGGCGACGAGUGCCGGCCGUGCCACAUGAGCACCCUGGACACGUGCAGCAAAGAGUGCCAGCAAGUGUGUGGCAGCAGCAGCAGUGGCCAAGACUCAGGUCUGGAGUACAUCCUGUUGGGACUCACUGGGCCCCUCUUCCUGGGUGCCCUUGUCAUCUACCACAAGAGGAAGAGGCUCCGGCACGAUGCCCUGGCACCUGGUCCCCUGCCCACAGCACAGGCAGGCACCUCCAUGGCUGGGGCUGUGGCCACACCGUGGUGCCAGUUCAGUGUCCCAGGGUGGGACAGCCUGUGCUGGACCCAGCCGUGCUCCCCACAGGGGACAGAUCGUGCCACUGUCACGGUGAGGCAGAGCCCCAAGCACCAGGCCCUGCUGCGUGAGCAGCUCAGUGACGAGGAGGAGCCCUCUGCCCCACCGGAGCCCCGCAGUGCCCUGCUGCAGGGCAGCCAGCUCUAUGCUGUCAUCGACGCUGUGCCAGUACGGCGUUGGAAGGAGUUCAUGCGGAUGCUGGAGCUGCGGGAGGCGGAGAUUGAGCUGGUGGAGCUGGAGGUGGCCCACAUCCGUGACCAGCAGUAUGAGAUGCUGAAGCGCUGGUGCCAGCAGACCAGCGCCACGCUGGACCGUGUCUUUGCUGCGCUGGAGCGCAUGGAGCUGGCCGGCUGCGCCGAGGCCCUGCGCCAGAGCCUGCCAGCGGGGCCCUAGCCCCCAGCGUCACCCCAUGGCACAGGGAGGUCCUGGCACCUUCACAUCUCACUGGGCACCUCUGCUGUGCCAUACCCCUAAGUAUUGUUACUUAUGCCGUGUAGACAUUUUAUGUCACUUUUAUGUCCCCUUCCUACCCACUGUCCCCCUCUAUUUAUGUCCCCCUGCUCCCAGGGCUAGGAGGGACCCCAUGCCCCAGCAGGUCGGCUGCCUGGCCACUCGCAGGACGAGCGGGCACCGAGCCCACUGCAAACCCAUGGGACAGUUCUCAAGGCUGCCCACUGCCGGGCG